GGAGCCUGAUCUUCACCGUUCAUUUUGCGUAUAAAUACAAGCCAUACCACCGACUUGAACAGCACAAUCCUCAAACCCCCCAGUCUUACAAGUCACCUCAGCGUACUUAUUUUCCACAAUGACUAAAUACGUCCCUCUCUCCAACAACGUUACCAUCCAGGGUAUCGACGGGAAAUACCUGAGAGUCGUUGGCGAUGGCCUUGAGUUCACCGACCAGGCCUAUGAUCCCAACGCCAAAUUCUCCGUUGAAGCAGUCACCGGUGGAAACAUCUUAAUAGGUGCCAAUGGAAAAUAUGUCAGGAUGUACGACACCCCGAACUUUGACAUCAAGUGUGACGCUAUGAACAGCACCGAUGCUGUCAUUCUCGGAACUCUCUUCAUCGGUGAUGGUUUGGCUAACCUUACUAUCACCAAGCAACGCUCCUUGAGCGAUGAGACUGUGUUCUUGUCCAGCCUGGCUGGUACUACGAGCUACAGCAAGUCCCUCAGGUCUAGUGUGUUCGAAGAUAUCACUUGCCGCUUCAUAAUUGCGAACGUCUAGAUAGAGAGAGAGAGAAUAUCGAUGGACUUGAAAGGAAAUGGCCAAGGUUGUAGUGUACGGUUACAUGAUGUUUUGUAGUGAUGUCGAAUGGUCAUGUUUCAGUGUGUGUGUGC